AUGAUGGUUGUUCCACAAUCUCAAACAACAUCCAAUGAAUCAAGAUUAGAAUUAGAUAAAAAUAAGAAAAAUUACAUUAACACAUUAACUUUAUCUAAACGAUUAUCUGAUCGUUAUGCUGGUCAUCAUGCAUUAAAAAAUAUAUUCAAUCCAGAAACAUGUCGUUUACGUGAUAAAUUUAAACAAAUGUGUGAAACACUAUUACUCGAUGAUCCAAUUGAUUAUGGAUUAAAAAUUAUUGAUCUUCUAUGGCGUAAAGCUGCUUAUGAACCAAUACAAAUAUUUAAACGAUAUCGACAAGAAUACGAUGAAACAACAAUAAUAGAAAUUGAAAUAAUGUAUCGUAUGCAUUUAUUAUCUGUAUUUGGUUAUUAUUCAAAUCUAUUAAUUAAAUUUGUAUCGAUGAUAAAACCAUAUCGUAAUAUGAAUCAUUUUUUUGAUUUUAUUCAAUUAUUUAAUGAAAAUAAAUGUAUGUAUGACAAAUUUUUAUUUAAUAAAAUAUGUUCAUUUUGGAGUAGUUUAGCUGUUAAUUUAACGACAACAACGACAACAAAAAUUGAAAAUUUAGUUGAAUCAUUAUUAAAAGUUAUUCAUAAAUGUUUAGUUUGUUUGGGUGAUAUUAGUAGAUAUUUAAGUGAAUAUGAUGGUUGUAUACAAACAGCUGAAAAAUAUUAUACUAUGGCAGUAAUUCUUGAUCCUGAAAUUGGAAUGCCAUUGAAUCAAUUAGGAACUUUAUGUGGUCGAUCGAAUUGUAGUUGUGAUGCUGCGUUUUUCUAUUUACUUUGUUUGAGUGCAGUACAUCCAUUUGAUGGUGCUAAAGAUAAUUUACAAAUGCUUUUUGAACGUAAUGAAAAACGGUUUUUGGAAUUAAGUAAACAACAAACAAAAAAUCGAAAUGAUAAAACAAGUCAUCGUGAAAUUCGUCGUUUUCUUGUGGAAUUUUUACAUGUUGCUCAUCAAUUACUCGAAUCAAAUAAUAUUGGUCAUAUUCAAGAACUAGGUCAACAAACAUUAAAUGAUUUUAAUGCUUGUAUGUUUUAUCAAAAUGAUUCCAAUUUGUCUGAUGAUCUUGUCUUUAAAUUAUUGUCCAUAUCAAUGAUGCUUGUUGAUCGUAUUCAACGUAUACGUAGUCGAACAGUUAAACAGACAAUACUUUUUGCUGGUAUUGCAUUUUCUGUGGCUCUAUUUUCACAUGUAGUCAAUCAUACAAUAAUUCGUUUACAAAACGCUUUUUAUCAAUUACAUGAUGCUCGAACAAAAACAAAUGAAAAUGAUUCCGAAGAAGAAGAAGAACGUCGGCAGGCAGAAGCUAAAGAAAAACGACGUCGAAUGAAAAUGAUGAUGUCUCGACGUCGUCGACGAAGUGCUUCAUCAUCAGAUAAUAAAAGUGAUGAUCAAAGUGAACGUUCACUAUCUAAUGAGCGAUAUCAACGACGAGAUGAUUCAACAGAUGAAGAUAGAUCAGAAGAUGAAAUACCUGAUUAUCUUUCCGGAGAUUCAUCAGAUGAAAAUGAAGAAACAAAACAAACGGUUCGAGAUGAAAAAGAUAAAGAAGCUGAAGAAUUAGCAAUUAAAGUGGCACUUGAAGAAUUUAUGGAAAAAAUUAAACAAAGUGGCGCUGUUUUUCAUAAUAAUAAUGAUUCACAAUCAUCACAAACUUCACUUUUCUCAUUUACUGAUUUGUCAACACAUUUAUUUGCUGCAUUCGCUUCACAUGAUUGUCCAUCACCACUUUUUCUCAAUCAAACUUCCACUGCGGAUGAUCCAUAUUCAAUGCCAACAUAUAACUAUGAUCAAACAUUUAAAUCUAUUCUUAUUGGAAAUAAACAAAUUAAUGUGCCACCAGGAUUUGAACAUAACAGUGAUGCUUUAGCAGCCGCAGAAAUUGAACAAAAAAUGGCUGAGUUUGAACUCGAACCUAUUAUGGAUAAUUCAACGAAUGAACAACAACAAGAUCUUGAAAAUGAUCAAAAUACUCUUCAUCAUGGUACAAAAUUAAUAAUUGAAUUAUUGGAAAAUGAAUAUCUUCUCUCUGGUAUAAAAAUUUUUUGUGAUUGGCUUGCUGGAAAUAAACGUCUCCUUCAAAUGUUAUUACCUAUAUCACCUGGUCUAUGGUCAAAAUUAGCUUUAUUAUUAAAUUUUUUACCUCAUGAACGUGAUAUUCUGAAAAGUGGUUUAAUUCCUUCAAAUUCAUCGAUUUAUCCAUUAUUAAGUAAAUUUGUUGAAACAAAAGCUUUUGUUUUUCCAUCACCAAUGCUUGAUGAAGAUAUUCAAUUACGUGCAUUUCAAUCUUUAAAAGUUGAUCGAAAUUAUUUAAAAUUAAAUUUAAAUCAAUUAUCAUCAUUAAAUAAACUUGAAUCUACAAUAAUUCGUAUUUGUUCUCUACGUCGUUUUGGUUAUUAUGCAACAUCAAUAUUACCAAAUUCUCAAUUUAAUUAUGAUAAUGAUAAAUUAUCUUUUAUUGCUUCAAAUUCAUUUGAACAAGUAACAUCAACAAUAGAUUCUUCAUCAGAUAAAACAUCAGAAACAACUGUUGAUGAAGAACGUAAAUCACGUUUAAUGCGUGAUAUGGCUGCACUUCGUUUACAAGCUGAAAUAAGUCAAUUAGAAAAUAGUUUAAAAAAUGAAGAAUUUUCUUUACCACCUUAUCUUGUUAUUGAUUCAUCUGUUUUAUGUACAAAUCUUAAUUUAAUACAAAAAUUAGUUCAGUCACAACGUUUUAUUAUUAUUAUUCCACUUGUUGUAAUUGAUGUUCUUGAUGAAUUAAAGAAAGAACAACGCGAAGCACGUGAUGCUAUUCGAUGGCUUGAAAAUCAAUUUCGUCUUGGAAACAGAUUUAUUCGUACACAAGCCGUACAUGAACGAUUAACAAAUCAAAAUAAAAAAAAGAAUAAUAAAAAUAAAGAUUUUUAUCGUUUUCAAGAAAUUAUUGAUUGUUGUCUUUAUUUUACACAACAAAGUAAUCUUGAUAAACAAACAACGAAUAAUUCAAUAUCAACAGUCAAUUUACUUUUUGCAAGAUCAUUAACAAAUAAAGAGCAGCAAACAGUUGAAAAAGAUGGAGUAAUUGUACAACAUAUUGAUGAUUUUCAUCGCCGUUGGAAACAAUCAACACCCGAAAAAUAA